AUGAAGAAGGGAAAAGACGCCGCGCCGGCGCUGGAUCUGCCGGUGGCGGUGGAGAAUGCGGACACGGGCGAGGACUGGCGCAUCAAGCUCAGGCGAUCCAUCGACAUUUACAAGCCUAUGGUCGUGAGCUUCGUGGCGUCCUGGUGUAACAAGUGCAAGGAGAUCAAUCCGCAAUUCGACGAGAUCUCGAAGAAGCACCCGGGGAUGUACUUCGUGAGGAUCGACGUCGACAUGCUCCCGGACGUGACCGCGCAGUGGGGUGUCAAGUCCGUUCCAACGUUCGUGUUCAUCAGGGGUGGACGGCAAAUCGACGUGGUUGCCGGGCCCAACAAGGAGGAAGUCGAUAGUAAGGCUGCAACUUAUGCCCUUCCUCCUAAACCAUCCCCGGAAUAAGAUCACAGGAAGAGCUCUUGGUAGAACAUCCCCAGAACUAAGUCUGGUUCUUUACUUCCAGAUCGUGUUGACAAGCUUCAAUUGCAAUUGAUCAAACGCACAACGCUCAGAAGGAAGAGAUCCAGGUCUAGCGCUUUUUUGUAAAUCUUAGAAGAGAGAAGAGACAACGAAGAGGUCUCAUGAAGCUUUCCAUA